GGCGCAAUGACGUAGUGUGGUUAUCCUGUGAUUAUCUUCAAUAAGUGCACACGGUACGCUGCUUGGAGACUCAAUCACGUAUUCAGUCACGUAUCCUGAUAUGUAAAUUGUAUGACAAGUCACGCGAUAGAUGCGCUAAUAGAAAUUCGAGUGAUACAGUUUAACAGGGAGAACGUUCUUUGUUGAUUUUAUUCCUCUAUAUUCAAUUGCGAAUCUUUGAAUUGCACUUCUGCAAUCAAAAUGAUUGAUUAUUCGGUAGUUUGAAAUCAUAAAGUGACUGUAAUCACACUUAAUUACAGUGACUUAAACCAUAAAGUGACUGUACAGAGACUGUAACGAGCCGGGCGAUCGAUGUGACAUAGGUUCUGCUCUAUUUGCAUCAGAUAGUUUGAAAUUACCUAGUAGGCAACUUCCUAACUGCAGCUGUGCGCGAAUGCUCUGUGAAUAAUUUGUCGAAUACGAGGUAGUAUAAGCUGAGGCGGAAUGAAUGUCAAUUCUGUCAAGGGGCUUUGCUGCCAGUGUGAAAUUAUAGAUUAUGAAUUAGGAAAUCGUGAAGGACAGUCAAAGAUAUUUCUUGCUGGAAGAAUAUUACAUCCGUGCGCGCUAUUACAUAGAGGCAGUAUAAGUCUCAUGGGCUCUAUCAUUUGCCCUAAGGCUAUUUGUCAUUUUUCCUCUUAUUCCUAACAGACUGUCGUUGCGUGUAAUUUUCAAUUGUAUGGAAUUUGUUGGGUCAAAAAGAUCGAAGUACGCAAAUCACGCAUAUAUUUUCUCCAUCUCUACGAGAACCACGCAAACGUUCAGACGACAAGGAAGUAAUAGAUUUCAUAGAUAUCGAAUUUUAACAACAAAAUGGAUUUACGGUUCUUGCUGUUUGUAUUUGUCUGUGCGAUACGAUGCAACGACGCAAAUGGAUUGUCUGCACAAUUUUUACAAGAUUAUUUUGCUGACAAAUUUAUACAUCAAAUUGUUGUAUUUGCAUGUUACAAUCAUCUUGAAAGAGUGAGUCUAUCUAGACAAUUAAUGUUGUCCGACACAAAGCUGUCUUACAUUUCAAUUUCGGAAAAUAUUAACAUGAAGACAACUUUAGCAGUGAAUUAUUAUAAGCUUGGUAUAGUUCUCGAUUUGGAUUGUACAAAGAGUGAGAUAGUGCUUGACAAGUUUCAAAAGGAACGUCUGCCCUAUAACGAAUCUUACUUUUGGAUGGUGAUAUCCAAAGAUUCUAUGCCCCCGAUCGAAAUUCUUCGGAAACUUCCUCUGACUGUGGAGACGGAGUUUACUUUGGCACUUCAUCACGAUGAAAUCUAUGUACUUUAUGACGUUUAUAAUCCAAGUUAUCGUCACGGUGGUCGUUUAAAUGUUACGUAUAUGGGCGUUUGGAAUCCUCUUGAUGGCCUCUCUAUAAAGCUUACCCAAUACAAAUACAAAAGACGUGCUGAUUUUCAAGGCUUACAUCUCAACUUUUCGAUCGCGCUAUCGAAUCCGCCUCUACCGGAUUUAAUGACUUAUAUCUCCAAUCCCAUUAAUCGCCAUCUUGAUACAAUGCAUCGAUUUAAUUAUGCUCUUCUGCUACAGCUACGAGAUUACUAUAAUUAUACAAUGAUUUUGACGCAAUCAGAAACUUGGGGAUAUUUAAUAAAUGGCAGUUUUAACGGGUUGCUGGGAGAUAUGAUUAAAGGACUUGUUGACGUGGGUGUAACUCCAUUGCAAUUUAAACGCGAGAGAAUCGACGUUGCUGAAUUUACAGUACAGACUUAUUUGGCCAGGCCUAGUUUCUUUCUCCGUCAUCCGAAGAAGACCAGCGUACGCAAUGGAUUUCUAAAGCCAUUCAGGGAAGAAGUUUGGUGGAUCGUUGUAGCAGUAGGAUUUAUAUACUGGUUAAUACUAUGGUUAACCAGUAAAUUGGAAUUAUAUUACAGGAAUAGAAUGCCUUUUAGUAAAAUAAAUUUAGAAGUGGGUUUCGAAACUGGUUUUAUUUGUAUGGCAGCCAUUUCUCAGCAAGGCUUAACCGAUAGUCCAAGAUUGUAUUCAGGCCGAAUAGUGUUUUUGUCGUUAUUUGUUUGGGCAUUAUUGCUUUAUCAAUUUUAUUCAGCAAGCAUAGUUGGUUCACUACUCGCAGAGCCACCUCGUUAUAUAAAUGACUUGAAAGAUCUUCUGGAAAGCAAUUUAGAAAUUGGGAUUGACGAUAUUGCUUACAAUUAUGACUUCUUUGCGACAACAAGUGACCCCGUCGCCUUAGAACUUUAUAAGCGGAAAGUGGCGCCUAAUAAGUAUAGAAAAAAGCCGGCUUUUUAUAAUCAUACAGAGGGAUUGCGGAAAGUGAAGAAAGGCGGUUUUGCUUUUCACGCAGACGUGAAUACUGCGUAUAAGAUCAUUACGACAUUACCGAGGCAUACGACAACCGAUCAGACGUCUAUACAAUUUGCAAAAGAUUAUUUUUUGAAAAAGUCUACGUCAAAUCGCCAUCUUUGGCUGUUUAGAGAAUUACGAAAGCUUCAAGUUUAUAAGAUUGCCAAAUGGAUGCAGAUGUCUUUUAUCAGGUUAAUAUGUAAUCUAAUAAAAUUCCAACUAUGCACGUCACUCUCACAUUAAGGUAAAAGUUCUGUUUUAAUAUACAAAGGUUUUUAGAUAUUAAUAUAGUGUUUAUUCUUGACUAGUAUCAAUCUGUUAAGAGAAACAUCUUGAGGAUACUUAGGUAAUGGAUCUUACAAUGGAGUCAUAGGACUUAUGCAGAAGGGAUUAGUCGACAUUGCAAUAUCGCCAAUGCAUAUGAAUCAAGAGAGACUUGGAAUUCUUGACACAUCAGUUGAAACAGCAGCAUGCAAGUAAGAAAGAUUCCUCCUCCAAUCUCUGAUCCUGAUUUUGAAUUACUAUUCUGUACAAACUCCUGCAUACUUUUUUGUAUACAGACCAUAUUUCAUAUUUUGGCAUCCCAGGAUCCAGCAACGUUAAACACAGAUAUACAUAUGAAUCCAUUUACAAAUGAAAUAUGUAAAACACACUUUUGUGUUAAAGUUGAAUUACACUAUACUCGACGGAUGCCUAGUAACAGUUUGGUAAUGCAGCCUUUUACAGAAACUUUCUUGACUUUCUUAGGCGCAGUUUCCCAACAGAGUAAGUCAGUUAUUUCUUUCCUAUACAUUGUGUUUUUAAAUUAAGAAAAUUGUAUUACAGACUUGAACGAUGCUCCGAAUCUCUAAUCUGGUCGUGUGGUUUUUAUUUCUGUUUUUGUAUGGGGAUUACUUUUAUAUAAAUUUUAUUCGGCAAGUGUUGUAGGUUCGUUACUAGCUGAUUCGCCACGUUAUAUCAAUGCACUGCAGGACCUCUGUGACAGCGGAAUGCCACUUGGUGUCGAAGAUAUGCCGUAAAAUUAUAAAUUUUUUGCAGUGUGCCAUUAAUAUUUUAUUUGAUGAAUUUUAAUGUAUCUAUUGUUAAUAAUUGUAAUUGUAUGCUGUUAACUGUAUUAUUACAUGACAACUUGUAUUCAUAUACUGUUGUAAUCCGUAUCAGACAACAAAUGAUCCUUUGGUACUGGAUAUUUAUAUGACCAGAAAUGCUCUUCAUACAGGACGAAAGAAUAAAUCAUUCUUUCAUGCGCAAGAAGAAUGGCAUAGGGUUCAAAAAGGAAAUAUUACAUUUUUUCCGAUGUCGCCACUGCGCAUAAAAUUAUCAUGGAAUUUUUUACAGAGGAUGAAAUAUGUGACUAGGUGGAAAUUUAUAUGUAUCCACUGUACUGCCUGGCUGCUGGGUCUAUCAAAUAAUCGAAUUUGAAGGAAGUGCUUGCUUGUCGGUUAGUCAAUUACAUUAUGUUAGUUUUGUUUGUGCGUCAUUGAUGUAAAUAAAUAUUUAUUUAGAAUGCGUGACAUUGUUGAACAUGGUUUGAAAGUUCAUCAACACAUAUGGCAAUGUAAACGUCCACAAUGUACAGUGAAUCACAGUGCUCUACCGAAUCCGAUUUCUUUGUCCUAAUUCAUUCCAGCAACUUUUCUUUUACUAAUGGGAGUCGCAGCAGCUACGAUAGUUUUGUUCAUUGAGAAAUAUAUUGAUUGGCAAAUGCAUCAAAAUUGUUUACAAUUAUCACACUGGACGUGGAUAAUGUUAAAAUUGAAACAGUUAAUAGACAGGAACAAAAUCAAGUAACGACGAUAUUAUAUUGCCUAUGAAACUGUCUUAACGUUAAAUCGAUGACUCAUGGGAAUGAAAAUAAAAUUUAUUCAUAUCA